UCGUCGAAAUGUUACCAGUCAAAAAUAUGAAGCGUUUAAUUUUGUCAGAUUUUGCGGCAAUUAACACUUAAAAAGUGUAUGACUGUUACCAGCUAUUUGGCACGGCCACUGAUUCAAAAGCACAACCCAAAACGCCAAAAAGAUGAAACUACAAGCUUUAGGAAGGUACCGUUUGAACGGGGAAAUUCUGGGAAAAGGAAACUUCGCCCGCGUAGAGCUGGCAACACACAGCGUUCUCAACGCAAAGGUGGCGAUCAAAAUCAUCGACGUCGACAAGGUGAAGGAGGACUACGUGCGCCGCAACCUGGGCCGGGAGGUGAAGGUGCUGUCGCGCCUGCUGCACCCCAACAUCGUGCGCCUGUACGAGACCAUCAUGUCGGGUCACCUCUACUGUCUGGUGAUGGAGUACGCGCCGGGCGGUGACCUGUCGUCGCUGGUGAAGGCACAGAGGGAGGGCCGGUUCCCCGAGGGCCGGGCCCGUCCCUUCUGCCGCCAGCUGGUCUCGGCUCUCACCUACAUGCACGGUCGCGGCAUCAUCCACAGAUCGCCGGCAUGUACAACAUCCUCACCAACAGGAUCGACAUGCCCCAGACCGUCCCGCUUCCGGAGGAGGCGCGCAUCCGUCCUCUGGAGCUACGCACGCCGUCCAAGCGGCCGCUAACGAGCAGCGUGGAGUCGAGCUCGCCGCUGCGCACGGACAAGACAGUGCGGCCGGCGGUGACACCCUCUACUAAGCCAGCUAGCGCGGCCAGGCGCGCGCUCCGGCCUCGCGACGAGCGCAAGACCGUCUGGACGGACGCUCCGUGGGACACGCCGCGCCGCCACAACCUCACCGACGACCAGAAGGUGCGCACCGACGACCGCACCGGCGCGCAGCGCGCCGACAAGUCGUUGCAGCUCGUUUCCGGCGCCGAGGACGAGUUCUCAUCGCUGUACGACGACUUCACUGACGACUCGUCGGCCCCGGCGCCGCUCGGCGCUGCCGCUGGCAAAGUGCACGCUGCGCUCGCCGCUUAA